AUGUCAGUGAACGUGAGUUUGAUGGUGAUUAAGAUGAGUCCACAUGAGGAUGAAGGUCGUGUGUUCUUAUUGGACCUGAGGAACACGUCCGACUCCCAAGAGUUGGGGGCGGCUGAACAUGCGUGUGUUUCCCAGGCGCCGGCUGGCUUCGCCGAGGAGCUACGUCACGCCGUGGUCGAGUGCUCCUUCUCCGAGUGCACCCGUGGUUGGCUCUAUGGAGGCACCGUGGGGACCACAGUGUGCAGCAAUGUGGGCAGUGCUCUGAAGGCUGUGGAUGUGAAGACAGAGAACGCAACAGAGGACACCGAACACCUGCAUGCCUUCUGCGUCAAAGACAUGGGCGUUCCAUGUGGAGACCCCCCAUCUUUCCCAAACACUCGUCUCCAGGGGCACACUGGGUUUGAGCUUGGCGACGAGCUGCUGUACUCGUGCGUGCCGGGUCAUGUGAUGCCCAGCGGGCACAGCGUCUUCAGUCUGCUGUGCGACAGCUGUGCGGAGUGGUACGGACUGGUACAGCUCUGUGUUAAAGAUGGAACAGAAACUCACAUCGACUACGAGGACAGGUUCACAGGCGACCACCACCACUCCUACGAAGACCCUGAGGACCUCGCCGAGGACGAGCGACUAGAGGAGGCGCAGGGGGAGGUACAGGAGGAGGUGCAGGAGGCGGCCCACGUGGCAGAAGAGGAGGACAAGGAGGAGGAGCACAGGAGCCAGGAACAGCAGGAAGCAAGCUUCAGCGUGGAGGGAGGAGAGGACACGGCGGAGGAGGCAGGAGAGGAGGAGGCAGGAGAGGAGAAGGCAGGAGAAGAGGAGGCAGGAGAGGAGACGGCAGCGCCAGAGGAAGAGGGAGAAGACAGAGGAGGAGAGGAGAUGUCUGUGGGAGAGGAGCAGCAGGAGGAGGAGGAGGAGGGACCGCUGACCGGAGGAGAAGAGGAGGAAGAUGUGGUGGAGGGGGUGGAUUCCAGCGAUAGUCCUGGGGAGGAGCAGGAGGAGGUGCUAGGGACGGGGGCGGAUGCCAGGGUGGUGACUGAGGCGCCGGUCUCUCUGCUCUCCCAGAAACACCUGUUCUGGUUCCCCUCCGAGGCCUUCCAGGAGGCGGGACAUCCUGUGCCCACCCAGCCGCCAAUCAUCCAGACCACACCCUCUGGGGGAGACAACCGUGUCAAAGCUUCAGGCAGUGAAACAGAGGAUGUAAAAGAGGAUGACAGCCAGGAAAGUCACUACAAGCAGCCAGAUGACCCCUUUGAUGACAGCCAUGUUGAACUUGAAGACCACGACAAAGAGGAUCUCGAUAGCCAUGAAGCGAUAGAUCAAGGUGUCCAUGACGAUCAUGAACACAUCGAUCACGACGAUCACGACGAUGACGUUGUCGACCAUGACGAUCACGACAAACACGACGACCAUGACGAACACUACAACCAAAGUAAACACGAAGACGACCAUGAGAAGGGCGGUCACUAUGACGACGACGAUGACCACGAGGAGCACUAUGACAUGGGCGAACAUGAAGAUGACCGGGACAGUGUUCUCUAUGGCAGCCAAGUGGAACACGUUGUCCGUGAGGACGACCAUGACGACCAUGAUCACCAUGUCGACCAUGACAGUCAUGAACAUGAACCCUACGACCAGGACGACCAUGACGACCAUGAUCACCAUGACGACCAUCACGACCAUGAUCACCAUGAUCACCAUGAUCACCAUGACGACCAUCACGACCAUGAUCACCAUGAUCACCAUGAUCACCAUGAUCACCAUGAUGACCAUGAUGACCAUGAUCACCAUGAUGACCAUGAAGGCGUAACCGAUGACCACGAUGACCACACUGAUCACUCAGAGGAACAUUCAGACCCUGAAAGUCACCCGAACGAUCAUGACCACGAUCACUCCGAUGAACACGAUACCAGUGAGGACCAAGAUGACCAUGACGAAGACAGUGACCACGACCGCCAUGACGACCACGGCGACCACGACAGUCACGAAGAUCACGACGACCACGAACACCAUGUGGCACCUCCGGUCGUCAUGCCGACGGACGACCCACAGAACGUGACCCAGGAAGGAGCAGGGAGAGAACCGACGGCCAGCACAGAGGAGCUGUGGCUGGAUGGAUACCCGGUCGUUCCGGACGAGACGGAGAAAGUGGGUGGCGGCUCCACGGAGGAGGGGAUAGGAUCAGAAGAACCGGAGGAGGAGCUCGUCGUCAAGGGGACGGACAGUCCCAAUGAGGUGGAGAUGAGCCAGCCCACCGCCUUUACCAGCUUCUCCCAGUCCCCCUCACAGGGAGCGGAGGAAGGCUGGCCUGGACUCGCCCACACCACCUCCCCUGACCAUCUCACACCCGAGCCCACGGACUCCCCCUCCGACCCCAACACGGACGAAUACACCGUGGCCCCUGGGCCGGAGACCUGGGAGGACGCCACCACCGAGCACGUGCACCCCUUCCUGGACCACGGCCUUGGACCCACCGCGCGGGAUGAUGACAUCACGGGGCUGGAGGAGGAGCGUGCAGAUCGCAACACGACUCAAAGAGCCAGGGAGGGGGUUGAGGAUGGGGAGGUGGGGGAGGCAGCCUGUCUGGACGAGGACUGUCCUCCCCCUCCUCCCCCGUCAUCGGGCCGCGGCCCCACGGUGGCCGCCAUCGUGGUGGCGGUGUGUGCGGUUGCCGUGGCAGCCGUCGCCGGGGCGUGGUGUUACCGGAGGAGACAGCAGAAGACCUCGAUGUACGAGAUGAACGGGAAGGGGCAGAGUCCAAGUGGCCAGCAGAUAGAGAUGCAGCAGAAGGUCUAAAGGAGAGGGGAAGAGAGAGGGAGGGGAGACCGAGAGGAGAGACACUGAGGGGCUGCAAGGACAGUCUGGAGGAGGGCUGCUAAGGGGGGAGGCGUUUCGAAAGGGUGUGAGCUGAACAACUAUGGCCCUGUCCAAAGAGAGACGUCUCUCUUUGGACAGGGCCUUGGUCUGUGAAGACAGACAACUGGGGAGUUGAGUGAAGAGGAAGAUAAGCGACUGAGCUAAAGCUAGCAGGAGCUCAUAUCUGAGAUGGGACUUUUCCCCUAAAAGCCCUGGGACAUUGUGGUACAGAUUCAUUGGUGUUGUUACUGUGUUAUUACUGUGUGCUCGUGUUAAUUUGACGUCAUUGACUUAAAAGGUUUUUGUUAUCCUGAUCCUUUUGAUAUUGAUAAUUAGCUUCUUGUUUUCUCAUGACAAACGUGUUGAAUCCACACCUCAGGUGCGACACGUUGGGGGAACGGCCUCAAACUAACGACCCAGCACUGUCAGUCCAACAGUUUAGACAUGAUUGCAAGAGAAGAGGACAAGAUUGAUGACUGGAAAAAAGAGAAAGAGAGAGAAAUUCUCAUGUGGAGACUUCUUGCCUGGUAAGGUUGUCUUGUUGGUUUUGACAGAGUCUGCUGGUGAGAUUGAGAGGGCGAGUCCAGACUGCCGACUCAGCCCUGCAAGAAAGAGACAAGAAAAAGUGUGUGUGUCUGUGUGUGUCUGUGUGUGUGUGUGUGUUUGAUAGAGAGAGCGUGAGAGCUGAUGUUUGUGCAUGCAGGAGUGUGUAUUUGUGUUACGUAUGGGUGUGUGUCUGUGUGUGUCUGUGUGUGUGUGUCACUUCAGUGUGAGCUGUCGGUCCACAGCGUGACGUGUCAGGAGUCAGGAGUCCAACGUCUGCACCCGGCGAUGCCACAGGCACUCACUGAGACGGGAGAUCAAAUGAUUUUAUACAACCACGUCAACCUGCCAAAGUUGAGCAGGCAGACAGACAGACAAAUAGACAGAUAGACAGAAAGACAAAUGUGGAGUCACUGCCCUUACUCAUAUUAUAAAAUUUAAUUUGUAAUUAAGUUCCCAAAUGUGUGUCAUGGAUGGCAGUGGAAACUGUUAUAUGAUACUGAAUAGUGUAUAUUGUAACCUGUUGAACUAUUUUGAACUGUUUGUCUAAAAUACGUGAUUUUUCUUUAUUUCGAAACUAUAGAAUUUCAGAGCUGAACACUGAAAAUGUCAUUUGAACAACUUCAACAUACAAAAAUGGAGUUCAAUAAUUGAUAAGGUAACUAUUACAAACAACAACAAUGCUGUAUUUUUUCUAAGUGAGUAAGUCAGCAAUACUGUAUAAAUGCAAUAAAAAGGAAAUAUAAGAGGUUACUGUAAACUAUAAUCACAUAACAUCUUCUUUUUCAUGUAUUUAAGUUACUGACAAGUUCUCUCCUAUAUGCUCUGUUGUAAAAAGCUUAAAUAUUCAGUGUUGAAAAGCUGUUUGUUUUUACUCCACUGUGUUUUGGUCAGGGAUUCUUUCUGGGUCGAGAUGAGAGAGAAGGCACUGGAUCGGGGUCAAUUACUAUUUGCAAAUGUUAAAAUACUUGGUGUGCACUCAGUACAACAUUAACUAAUAGAACAGGUUUUUUUUUAAAGUGCAAAGUCACAGAAUAAGAGUAAGUCAAAUACAGAUUUAAUAUUUUAAAAUAAAUAAUUUUGAUCCAGCCCCAGGAGGCCUUUACCUUGUUUAAGGGGAUGUCUGUUCAUGUAAAUAAUUUAACUGCUUUAUGUGCUGUCUUUUCGGAAAGGAUGUUACAACAGGAACAGAUACCACAAACUCUUUAUCUUCAUGUCAAUACAGGGUUAUCUUAUUCAGGUACAUUAGUUUCUUACAUACACACACACAGGUAGUUUAUAACACACCACUUGGUGAAAGCAUACGUAGAAAGAUGGUAUAGGCUUACGUGGGAUAGGGUAUUUCCAUACUUCACAGUCAACUUUGGAGGGAUAAUCUCAUUUUCCAUUCUUCUCUGUUCCACAUCUUAAGUUAUACAGGACCUAUUCUCAAACACAGUUGUUGCAAUCAGAAGGAUAUCUGUAAAGAUGAGUUUGAAUGAGGUCAAGUAGGCCAAGACAGUGAGACUGUAGAUUAUCAAGAUUAUUUGUUAAAAAAAAAGUAGCAUUUUAUGUUUGUCACCAUGAUAUCAACAUGAGUGAUGGAGAUCAAUGAGAUCGGACUGAAAAAAGAAAAGUGUGUAUAAAGUAUGAUGUCCAUAAAAUGUUUGUUUUUUGCUUUUUAUGACAUCAUUGCCUUAUCAUUGUCUUGUCCUUCUUAAUCACUUUCAGAAGGUGCUUGUGUGUUGUCAAUAGGAAGUGUAAAUGGGAGAUAGUUCAUAAUAAACACAUACAUCUG